AUGGAGAGCCUCGAUAAUUCUGCAACCGAGAAGAAAACUGGAAAAUGGAGAGCUUCUAUUUUUAUUUUCGUAUAUCAGUUUUUGGAGAAAUUGGCAUUUUACGUUGUUUGCAGUAACCUCUUCCACUUCUUCAACAAGACCCUCAACCAAACAUCAGCCAAUGGUGUGACAAAUUGGUCUGGGACUUGUUACCUCACACCAUUGCUUGGAGCAUUUUUGGCUGAUGCCUACUGGGGGAAUUACUGGGCAAUUAUCGUCUUCUCGGCCAUCUAUGUUAUGGGCAUGGCGAUGUUACUGAUGUGUGUUACCUUUCGCGCAUUGAAGCCAUCAUGUGACCCGACCACAUGCCAAUGCCACCCAACUGAAUUACAAACCAUGAUGACUCACAUAUCUUUGUACAUGGUGGCUAUCGGUUCGAGAUCACCUCAUGAGAAAUCACAUAGCAUGGAAGGUGUAAGGUUCUACUACCUCUAA